ACUCAUUAACAGAAAUCGGCAUCUCGAUGACCUCAUUCUUGCUACACUCAAUUAAUCCGAGGAAGCGUCCAUCCGAGGACGUUGAUCGAUUUCCCACGAGUAUGGAGCCUCGUCCCUUCGAUGUGGAGACCGUGUUCGCCAACGCAAAGAGGAAAUCCACCAGGAAGUUGCGCGGUCCGGAUUCACCUUUGUACGCGUCCAUCUGGCCAAUGGUGUACGUCGUGCGGAUCUUCGGCUUUGCUCCAUACAAUUUCUCGCAGGAUCGUCUGGUGCCAUCGAACAUCUACCUGAUUUUCUCAGCGAUCGCUGCUAUUCUCUACAGCUACAUACUGUACGAAGUCUUCCAGAGGAUGAUGGGCGUCAAGAGACAAGCAGCGGUUCUCGGAGGAACAGAGUAUGCAAAGGUGAUCAUUAACUACAGCGUGGUGAUAUGCGAGCUGACCCUGACGAUGUUUACGCGACACAGCUUCGUCAAGAUCUGGAACGCCUUGCAGGAUUACGACGAGAGUGUCAGACAACUGGGUCACCCCCGCAAAGAAAUGCAGACCGCGGUCGUCGCGUGGAUUCUCACCAUAAUAACCGCGAUCAUCUGGAUCGGCGUCAAUCAGUCUGGAAUGUAUGCCUUCUCCGAGAUGUGGAUUUACAAUGUAGGAUAUAUGCUGUCUUACAUUGGCACUUUGAUGGCUCUCUACAAGUUCGUGGCGAUGGCCUUCUUUCUGGGGCAACGGUUUCAUCAUCUCAACACGAUUGCGAUAAAGAGUUUCCCGUCGACGUCGACCGGCAAGAACACCGCCAAAAUUAACAGAAAGACGAUCCUGAAUCUGCACAAUGAUCUAAUGGUCGCUGCGGAGAACUUGGAAUCGUUGUACUCGUGGUCGUUACUCUUCUGGCUCGGUAAUCUCAGUCUGCACAUCGUUAGCAACUUAUACUUCAUAAUCAUGUGGAUAUUUUUGGAGUCGAAGGUCGGGUUGCCAAUCCACUGCCUGAGCAUUUGGUUGUUAGCGUUCCUCUUCGAACUUUUAUUACUUCACAUCGCCUGCAACUUUGCAUCCUCUCAGGCUAGUCGUAUCGGUCCAAUUCUGAUUGAGUGGCAAGCAAAACUGAUGAGGAAAAAUCAUGAAUGCUGCGAGUUGUCAUUGCAAUUUCUAAAUCGGAAACUUAAUUUCUCCGCAGGCGGAUUCUUUUAUGUGAAGUUACCGUUAUUACGUUCGAUCGCUGCCUUCCUGACUACAUAUCUGGUUAUACUACUACAGAUUCCGAAAUGAGAGCGUACCGGAAAUGAAAACACGAGGGUAAAAGCGCCAUAUUUCACGACCAUAAAUUUCGAGAACGCGUAUUUCUGUUAUUAUAAAUCAAUAUGUAUAAAAUACUGAUUUUAUAUAAUUUCCAGUUGCUUAUACGCACACAUAU